AUGGAGUCGGAUCUUAGCAACAAACCAACGAGUUGUUUAUCAACAUGUAGAAAUGCAUGCCAAAGCUCAUGCGCUCCACAAAUUCCCCCAGCUGAAUGUCGAUCCACAUGUGAUUCUACAUGUGCCGAAGUGUGUUCAAGCUCAACUACUCCACCACCAACUUUGGUGAACAUUGAACCGACUACAUACCCAUCAACCGAUGUUCCCAGAACACAGACAACAGCGGCUUCAGUCGAUCAAACGCAAACAGCCGAGCCAUUAAAGAUCAACAUUAAGCUUCUUCCACCUCCAUACGAGGACCUUCAACAAAAGCCAGCAUCUCCUAGCACACCGUCACCGUUUCUACAAUGCCUUCGACAAUGUGAUAUCGGAUGUCAACAGAGCUGUCGUCAGCGUUCUCCUCUUCCAAGCGAAGAUGCUCGUCUGAAUGUCAGUCAGUUUGUCAACUGGCCUGUACAAGCCGUUCACCAUCUAACCAAUGCAUAG